GCAGCGGAAACGGAGCAGUCGGAGGUUGUGUGCGCACGGGCGCGCACCUCAUGCCUUUUGUGAUUGUGUCCCUGCUUCUCUCCUCGCCUCGCUGCCUUAUUCCGUUGGGCGAUGUUGUGAUUCAGUUGUGAUUUCUUAUCGCGUCCCUCGUCUCUUAUCGUGGAAAGCGCAGUGGGAAGGACGGAGGCCUCAGUGUACGAAGAGGCGUGUGACGGCGCGUAGGGAGACGCCGCCGUUGCCAGCUAGCAUCGUUACCAGUGCCUUUGGAGCAGAGACGAACAGAAGAGAGCGGGCGAAUGCCAUACUGAGGCGAGAAGAUAUUGCGACGGAGGAACUUGAGUGCUGUGGGGUAGGGUCCAGCUCGCCACGAUGCCGUUCCUCUGCUGUGGAUCCCAGGCGAAGGUCGACGCCGACCCUGCUGAGGUUUACUUCCCGCCCAAGCAGGAAAGCGACGGACGGCAGCAGCAAAAGCAAUGCCAAGAUCAGAUAAAGCAGCAAGUCACGCUGACAGAAAGCAAAGAGUCCGAGAAGCCGAAAGGAACGAAAGAGCAAAUCCAGCAGGAGGGAGAGCCUGAGCUGGUUAAGCAAGCGCCAGCACCGGAGAACGGCCAGCCUCGUCAAGGACCGGGUCAGGAGCAAGGACCCGAGCUUUCAGACCUGAAGAAGCCGGAGCAGGCAGAAGACCAGAAACGAAGCCAGGGUGAUACGAUCUGCGAGAGGCAGGAGUCAGCAGGUCAUAUUGAAGCGGAAGUAGGACUUUUGCGAGAGACUGGGCAGAUCGAAGAUGCUAAAGCAGGAAGUAAAACGAAAGACACUGUGGAGGAGGAAACUGCAGCUUCUGGGCAGUCGGAAGUGGAAGCCGGGAAGGGACAAACACGUAUCGAUAUGACAGAUAGUAAAGGCGAUUCCGAUCUUCCUUCCGAACACGCAGAAGGAAGAAAGGAAAAGACUACGAAAAAGGAUGCUCAGGCUGAAUACGCGAACACGGCUAUCGAUAAGCAGGAAUCUGAUGGGUCAUCCACGCCCGCGACCUACCCUUCAGAGGAAGAGGCUCUCGCGCGAAGGGAGCUCUCUGCGAUGGAAGUCAACGUGCACGUGGCGGUGACCUGUGUCAUUAUGGAAGGGAUCGAAGAACAUGUUUGUGAACUCGAGCUGCCUCCUGUGGACAGCAAUAUGUUCGUGGCCGUGACCACGCCAUCCAUUGUAUCGGAAUCAGUCACGUCUGUUGUGGAAAACACCAAGAACAAAGAAGAAAACAUACUCUAUGGAAAUGAAGCAAAACAACUGCCUGAAAACAAAACAGAGCAGAUGGGAGGACCGAAAGGUGAUUCUUCUGGCGCAGAACAAUCCGGUCGCGUCGGACCCUCUGAAGAAUGGACGGAAUCCCGCGCAGGGGAGGCGAAGGACUCUCCGUGCGCGAAGGGCCCAGUCAGCGAGGCAGAGUUCGAGGCCGAGGAGGAGGUGGAAGAGAGUGCGGCUCGAGGCCUCGAGGAGCGAGCGCCGUCAAAGAGCCCAGGCGCGGGGAGCGGAGAGCAUCCGUCGGGCAAACAUCCUGUAGCGCCUGGCGACGGUGACGAAACGGAGCCGGUCGAGGAGCGGAGGCGGCGACGCGACCGGCGCCAGCGAAGGCCCUUGAGGAGCGCCUCGGGUGACGACACCUCCGACGAGGACGAGAUCGUGCCGCUCCGGAGGAAGAAGGAGCAGGUAUAUAAACUUGAGUGUAUGAAAUAGUAGUGAAAUGUUAUUAGAUAACUGGAUGUGGUGGGAGGACCAUGUCGAAAUAGAAGUCACUGUGUUUGUGCUGUGAUGUGCGAUGCGCGGAGCAGACAGAGGCUGCGGUAGUCACAGCUGCUCCGCUUGCAAGACGU